GUAUCAGGCAAAGGAUUGCUGGGACAAAGAACCUGUCAUCAACUAAUACAAUAUCCUGCUGCCCAGUUUACCUGCAGAUAUUAGGUGGGUACCACAAGAGUAGAAUGAAACUGGUGUGUGCCCUUAUCCCCGGCUUACUGCUUCUGUGCCUGGCAUUGACCGAGACUCAGAGCCGAGUACUUCAACCGUCUCUGGAUAUUAGAAGUCUGUUCCCUAAGAUGUCAUCAGCAGCACAAAGGAGGAGUGACCCUGACAUUGACCCCUCUUGGUAUACCGGCCGUGGGAUCCGCCCUGUGGGUCGUUUUGGGAGGAGAGGUACUGCCUGGGAAGAAGCACAGCAAUCAAUGUACAGAUCCCAGGGUCAGACAUGUGUACCGAUACAGGAAAGCACUGAAUUCAUAGUAGACAACUGAGAUCCUCACUGUUUGUCUUCUCAUUCUGGAAAGGGCUUCCUAGUCCCUUUAACUUCCUGUUUGUCUCAAAAACAAUGCUGCAGAUUGUUGUUAUAAUAACAAGACAUCAUGGGUUAUUGUUACGCUUGUGCCUAUGUACUGCUAGUGAUGGCAUACGCAGGUGCAGACCUAACCAUUGCUUCCGAUAUUCGUAAAAGAUUAAAUUCAAGAAAUCCC